AUGAAAGAAGUAUUUUAUUCACGUAGUCUUUACGAUUAUGAAAUCUGGCAAAAUCAUUAUAUGUUGACAAUGACACGAUGGAUACGACAACCAACUAAUAAUACCCCUCUUACGGAAACAUGGCAACCAAAUAAUGAACUCGCUCUUCCCAAAACCCUACCAUCUUGUUCAAAUCCAUAUCCAAAUUUAUCUCGUUCACCUACUCCUAACAAGUUCAUCAAGUGUUCCUGCUUCUAG